AUGGCAGUCCGUUGGAUUCGGAUCGAAAAUCGAGGGAAUCAGGAAAGCCGGCAGGACGGCCGGCGGUCGUCAACCGGCAUUUCGACGACGCCGACGAAGAGACGACCCGUUUUUGGUCCCGAGAGACAACCUGAAGCGCCCGAGGGUCGUCGGUGGCAGGAGAACCGUGAAGGUCGGGUCGGCGUUGCUGCUGCGAGUCGCCUAAUGAUGUUCGCCGGCAAGUUUCUUACUUUCUGUCGUGACUCGGAGAGGCAUCACGUGGCCCUUGAACAGGACACGUGCUCAACGCGGCCUACUACUAGACUGCAAUGUCAAAGGGUGCGGAAACCUGACAAUCCUGUUGUUACUUUACAUAAGGUGCCGGAUGCGAAAUAA